AUGAAGCGGAUUAGAGAUGAUAUAUACGCCGCUGGGUCUCAAUUUAAACGUCCAUUGGGCUCUUCUCGAGGCGAAUCAUAUGGGCAAUCUCCAAUCUCUGGAAGUGGUGGCACCGGAGGAGGGCACAUUGGUGACGGGGGAAUAAACUCUCAGAAACUGACCACCAAUGAUGCAUUAACAUACUUGAAGCAAGUGAAGGAGAUGUUUCAAGAUCAAAGGGACAAAUAUGAUAUGUUCCUUGAGGUUAUGAAAGACUUCAAGGCACAACGGACCGAUACAUCUGGUGUGAUUGCACGGGUGAAGGAGUUGUUUAAGGGGCACAACAAUUUGAUUUUCGGGUUCAACACCUUUUUGCCCAAGGGGUGUGAAAUAACGCUUGAUGAAGAAGAAGAAGCUCCACCGAAGAAAACUGUUGAAUUUGAAGAAGCCAUAAACUUUGUGAAUAAAAUUAAGAAAAGAUUCCAGCAGGAUGAACAGGUCUAUAAGUCUUUCUUGGACAUAUUAAAUAUGUAUCGGAAGGAUAAUAAAGACAUCACUGAGGUUUACAAUGAGGUAUCGAAUCUCUUUGAGGACCACCUGGAUUUGCUUGAAGAGUUUACUAGGUUUUUGCCAGAGUCUUUGGCGCCUCAUUCAGCAGCCCAGCUAAUCCGGAGGCAGGCCCAACGGUAUGAGGACCGAGGAUCAGGCCCUCCUCUUGUGCGCCGAAUGUUAGUAGAGAAGGAUCGCCGACGAGAAAGGGCUGUUGCUUCUCGGGGUGACCGCGAUCAUAGUGUUGACCGUUCUGACCUUAAUGAUGAUAAAGCAAUGGUUAAGAUGCACAGAGAACAGAGGAAACGUAUCGAGAAGGAGAAUAGAGAAAGGAGAAGCCGUGAUUUGGAGGAAGCGGAGCAAGAUAACUUGCAACAUUUUUCAGAGAAAAGGAAGUCAUCCAGAAGAACUGAGGGUUUUGAAGCUUAUUCUGGUCCUGCUUCACACUAUGAGAAAAACAGUCUAAAAAGCAUGUACAACCAAGCAUUUGGGGUUUGUGAGAAAAUCAAAGAGAGAUUAUGCAGCCAAGAUGAUUAUCAAUCAUUCCUGAAGUUUCUCAAUCUGUUUAGCAAUGGAAUUAUCCAAAAGAAAGAACUGAUGGAUUAUGUUUCUGGUCUGCUUGAAAAGUUCCCUGAGCUCAUGGAUGAGUUCACUCAGUUCUUCGAGCGUUGUGAGAAUAUUGAUGGUUUCCAGCACCUCGCUGGCGUUAUGGGCAAAAAAUCAGAUAGCAGUGAAGAACAUUUACCUAGGUCAAUGAAGGGGGAGGAAAAAGAAAGAGAACACAAACGCGACCUUGAGGCUGCAAAGGAAAAGGAGCGAUCUAAGGACAAGUACAUGGGGAAAUCUAUUCAAGAGCUUGAUCUAUCUGAUUGCGAGCGCUGCACUCCUAGCUACCGUCUCCUCCCUCCGGAUUAUCCCAUUCCGUCUGUGCGGCACAGACAGAAAUCAGGAGCUGCUGUUUUAAACGAUCACUGGGUUUCUGUCACUUCAGGAAGUGAAGACUACUCUUUUAAGCACAUGCGCAGAAACCAAUAUGAAGAAAGCUUGUUUAGAUGUGAAGAUGAUAGAUUUGAGUUGGAUAUGUUGUUGGAAUCUGUGGGAUCUGCUGCCAAAAGCGCAGAGGAACUCUUAAAUAUCAUUGUUGAGAAGAAAAUAAGUUUUGAGGGCUCGUUCCGAAUUGAAGACCAUUUCACAGCCUUAAAUUUAAGGUGCAUAGAAAGACUUUAUGGCGACCAUGGUCUUGACGUGACAGACAUAAUACGUAAGAAUCCAGCUGCUGCACUGCCUGUAAUUCUAACUCGUUUGAAGCAAAAACAAGAUGAGUGGACAAAAUGUCGUGAAGAUUUUAAUGUGGUCUGGUCGGAUGUGUAUGCAAAAAACCAUUACAAAUCACUUGACCACCGGAGCUUCUAUUUUAAGCAACAAGAUUCUAAGAACCUGAGUGCGAAAGCGCUGGUGUCUGAAAUUAAGGACCUGAAAGAGAAGUCUCAGAAAGAAGAUGAUGUUCUUCUGUCUAUUUCUGCCGGUUACAGACAACCCAUAUUUCCUCACCUCGACUAUGAAUAUUUCGACAGAACUAUUCACGAAGAUCUGUUCAAACUAGUCCAGUUUUCGUGUGAGGAGAUAUGUUCUACAAAAGAGCAGAUCAGUAAAGUUCUGCGGCUCUGGGCUAAUUUCCUGGAGCUGAUGCUUGGUGUUCCACCCAGCGCCAAGGGGUCAGAUUCUGUGGGAGAUGUUGGAGAAGCCAAGCAUCACAGUUCAUUUACCAGCGGGGAGGCUAAUGUGAGUUCUGACGCGAUAAGUUUGGUUUCCAGGCAACUAAAAUUUAUUGCCAAUGGAGAUGAGUAUGCUUCAUCUGAUGUCUCCAAACAUGGUGGUACCGAUUUGUUGAAUAAGGAUUCUUCUGGGAAAGAAAAUUGUAAGGAUGGUGAUCCUGCUGAUGAAGAUGUUGCCACCUGUUCUGCUGUAAAACCCCGGAAAGAUCAAGAAUUUGUAAAUGAAGCCGAUAAAAGAUCUAGAGAGGUUGAUGGAAAAGUAGCCACUUCAAGUGCAUCAUUCCCAGGUGUGGUAGAAAACGAUAAUGCUAAAGUAGGAAGCGGAGGUUCGUCAGGUUCUCGUAGCAUUUUAUCUAAACCAAGUGAAGCUAUAGAUAAUGUUGACACCAUUCAACAUACCCAGGGAGGUGAUGUUGGGAAAACUAUAGUUAUAACCAAUGGAUUGCAGUCAGAUGCUUCUAAAGCCAUCAGUAAAUAUGAUGAAUCUGGUGGUCCAUCCAAAAUUGAGAAGGAGGAAGGUGAAUUGUCACCUAUUGGGGAUUCUGAAGACAACUUUGUUGUUUUUGAAGAUCGUGGUUUGAAGUCCAGUGCCAAACCAGAACACUCAGUUGAAGCUGAAGGAGAAAAUGAUGAUGAUGCUGACGAUGAGGAUGGUGAUGACGCUUCAGAAGCUGGUGAGGAUGGAUCGGGAACUGAAUCUAUUGGUGACGAAUGCUCACAGGAUGAUAAUGGUGUGGAGGAAGAGGGUGAGCAUGAUGAGACUGAUGCUAAAGCUGAAAGUGAAGCAGAGGCAGAGGUAAUGGAGUCGCAUCUUAUAGAAGAAGACAAUGGGUUGCUUCCGUCGUCAGAACGUGCUCUAUUAUCCGUCAAGCCUCUUUCAAAGCAUGUAGCUGCAGCGGCUUUUCUUGAUGAGAGAAAAAAAGACUCUAGAGUUUUCUACGGGAAUGAUGACUUCUAUGUUCUUUUCAGGCUUCAUCGAAUCCUGUACGAGAGAAUUUCGUCUGCAAAAACAUUUUGCUCAGGCGGUGAAAUGAAACAGCGAAACACGAAAGAUAAUAGCACACCAGAUCCUUAUGCAAGGUUUAUGACUGCUCUGUUCAGUCUGCUGAAUGGCUCAGCUGAAAAUUCAAAGUUUGAGGAUGAAUGCCGAGCUAUCAUUGGAAACCAAUCAUAUGUUUUGUUCACCUUGGAAAAACUGAUAUAUAAAUUGGUUAAACAGCUUCAAGCUGUUGUAGCUGACGACAUGGACAAUAAGCUUCUUCAGCUGUAUGAAUAUGAGAAAUCCCGGAAACCAGGGAGGGUAAUAGACUCGGUGUAUUAUGAAAACGCCAGGAUCCUCCUUCACGAGGAAAAUAUUUAUCGACUGGAGUGUUCUUCCUCUCCCUCUCGUUUGUCGAUCCAGCUUAUGGAUAACAUAAUCGAAAAGCCCGAGGCUUAUGCAGUUUCCAUGGAUCCCUCAUUUGCAAGUUAUUUACAAAAGGAAUUUCUCUCUAACUCAUCAGGGAAAAAAGAGCCACAGGCCGUUGUCUUACAGAGGAACAUGCGUGGAUACUCUGGUCUGGAUGAUCUUGCAAUAGCCUGCAAGGCAAUGGAAGGUGUAGAAGUAAUUAAUGGCCUUGAGUGCAAGAUGUCUUGCUCUUCCUACAAGAUCUCGUAUGUUUUGGACACGGAGGAUUUCUUCCACAGGAAGAAGAAGAAGCAGAAGAAGAUUGAGAACAUUUCAGAGGGCAAAUCAUCGCAGCAACGCAAGUUGGAUAGAGUAGAAAGAUUCCACAAGUUUCUCUCAGCUGCUGCAGCUGCAAGAUGA